AUUAUUUCGUAUAUGGUGGUUGUACUGUAACUGUACUAGAUGAGGUCCCUCAAAUAGCGCUGGCGGCUAAUUAAGCGAGAGCACAAUGGAAAGACCUCAGACAAAAGGCCUCAAAUUGCGGCCGCCAAAGGUCAGGUUCCAUGCGGCUCCGGAGAGCCUCAAUGGGGUUUCAAUGGGACGAGAACGCUCUAGGCUGUGGCUGGAGGUCCGCUCCUAUUGUGUCUAUUGUGUCUAUUGUCCACCUAUUGUACCUUGCCCUUUGUUCAACCUCUUUCAGUAUGCAUCCACAACGCCCUCUGUUCUUAAGUAUGACAUGGUUGGCUUUUAGCGAAGCCAA